AUGGCACUUCUUUCACCCCAAAAGGUUAAUGGCCUUAUUCUUAUUGGCACCUCGAUGGACUCUGAAUCUCCAGAAAGUCGAGAGCUAGGCUGCUGGAACGGCCCGCAGGCCACCUCCGCCCUAGUCGCAAAGAGUGCUGAUUUAGCGCCCCACGAUGAUUUCGAGCCCGGCAGUGGGUAUGUUGACUUUCUAAUGGAUAUUGGCUAUGGAGAGAAGGUGACUGCAGAUUUGGUACAAAAAUGGAACAGGUCUAUCCAAAAGAUAUAUUCGGGAGAUAUCGGGAAGAAGCUAAUCUGCAUGGCUGCUGUUUGUCUGGCUUCCCGAGACGGACUGUAUGCCCGGCUACCUCAUAUACGAUGUCCAGUGCUCUGGAUGCAGGUACUUAAUCCUUUCUUAAUCGCAUUUAUUCUUUUUUAG